ACAUUUCUUCCACUGUACUUCGCCAUUGACACAAAACAAGAGACAAUGGCAGCAGCAUCUGCUUCGCUCUCCACCUUCUCUUCCCUCUCUCUACACACAACCCCUUCUCGCUUUUCUCCGUUUCAAUCUCAAUCAUUCUUCCUCCCUAAACCCAUCCACCCACCAAAACUCAAGCCCAUAACAGUCAAUUCCACAACCGUCGAAACCACUUUCUUUGACAACACAGACCCAGAAGAAAUUUCCACUUUUGACCCUCCAGAACGCCCUGAAGACUUUAUAGAACCACCCUCUUUCGACGAUGGCCCCUUAGAAUCCGAAGACGACAUUGCAAAAGCUUAUGAAGAGCUUUAUGGGCCAGCUUACAGUGGAGAGACUUUUCUUGGGAAUGACAUUUAUACAAUGGACUCUAAGGUGAAAAAGACAACUGGGUUUGGGAAAACAAAGAAAGAGAAGGCCAAAGAUGGGUUUGAUGAGAGAGUGGUGCAAGUGAGGAGAGUUACUAAGGUUGUUAAAGGUGGGAAGCAAUUGCAUUUUAGGGCAAUUGUGGUUGUGGGUGACAAGAAAGGGCAAGUGGGUGUUGGAGUUGGUAAGGCUAAAGAGGUGAUUGCUGCUGUCCAAAAGUCUGCUGUUAAUGCUAGGAGGAAUAUCAUUACUGUCCCUAUGACUAAGUACUUGACUUUUCCCCACAGAUCCGAGGGAGACUUUGGAGCAGCAAGGGUGAUGCUUAGACCAGCAGCCCCUGGUACCGGA